AUGGGCAAUAUUCUGGUCGACCAAGUAGUACAUGGUUACAAGUCCUUAAUUUUAGAGAAAAGAUUUUCUCAACCCUCUUCAUCGAUCCACCAUAGCCGCGCGACGUCUUCAUCAGAUUCUUGUCCGAUCAACCAUGGCCAUAGCCGUGAAGCCGCAAGUUCCGAUCGCCGUGCAGCAAGGGAGAACCAGGGGUCCCGAACAACAGCAACUCCUUCUUCCUCGGGCGACUCUGAAGCCAAGAGACGAGCCAUCGCCGACGAGCCUCCACCGCCGGGAUUUUCGAGAAAGGCAGACAUAAAUCGCCGCACCCAUCUUGGGAAUUUCGAAAAUCCGCUACAAAAUGUUCAGGAAUCAAUACGACACCGACGAGACGACGUGGUUGCCGGCGGGGCGGUUGUUCCAAGUGGAGUACGCGAUGGAGGUGGUGAAGCAGAAGAGUUCGAGACGAUGGAAGAAAAAACUGGAAAUUGGAGACUGUGGGUGGGGGCCAUGAAUUAA